AUGAGGAAAAUUAAUAAAGCCGUCCAUUCCGACCCGAAUAUUGAAGAGCUUCUACUCUCUCUCCAGAUAGAGAAUGAAUCCCUUGAAGAGGGUGAAGCUUUCGAAAGCUCCUCUUCACUCAUGGACGAACCAGAGUGCAGGCUCGCCGGAGACAUAGUCCACAGAGAUCUUCGUGCAACGGAUGCCGACAUGAAAGCCCUGAUAGAAGGAGGAAAAUGCAAGAUCUCGGGGAACUCACUGCCUUUUUCACUAUUCGAGGUGAUCAAGAAAAAAGAAAGCACCGAAACAGCUGUUGUUUCCAAUCAGAAGUUCCUUAUCGAAGGCGGAAGGUAUGACUAUGGAUUUACCCCCAAAGAUCUGGAGAGGUACAGAAUCAAGCGAAAAAGAAGAAUAAAGGAGACAUGUCCUAACUGGGAAGACAUUUCAGAAGAAAAAAGAAACGAGCCGAGAAAAGUUCACGUUAGGUCUUUGAAACUCCGAAACAAAAGAUGA